AUGGGAAGAACAAAACGAGAAACCACCAGAAUUAAGCCAACAGGGCAGGCGCAGGCACUCUCACAAGAAAUACUAGCCGGCAUGAGGAGAAAUUCGCACGACCACGUGUCGAUGGACGAAGACUCCAUGGAGAACAUCGACGCGUAUUGGAACAUGGCAAACAAGGAGCUUGAGGAAAUGGAAAGAAAGCAGUACGAAGACAUAAGCCUCCUGGACUUUGGGCAGUCUCCAGCGAAGAAAACAGAGGCCCCCAUAAAAGAGCGUGUGCCAGACCGGGCGGAUGAAACCGAGCUGUCGAUACUUAGCAGCCCCCGCACAAUAAGAAGAAGUUUUGAUGAGGAGUUUCAAGAUGACUUGCAGACAGCAAUACUGACAGGGUUCUCAGACUCCGAAGAAGAUCAGAAAGAGGCAGAGGAGGCGUCGCAGCAGGGUUUAAAGAAGAAAAAGUGCCAGCCGCAAAAGAGGGCGCUGGCAGGCACAUGCAGAGAGCAGCCAAAAAUCCCGCGCGCAAAUUCUGCCGAAAGGAGCAAGCGAGGAAACUCCCGAAAAGUUGCAGCAGCAGCGCAGCGUGCUCCAAAGGCGUUGCCUGAGAAUUCGCUGCUGUUCAAGGAAACAGAUAAAAUCGGAACGGACUCGUGGGAGUUCACGUCAAAUAACAUGCGGGCGGGAGCGUGCCACAUUAAGCCUGGGCGGGCCCAGACUCUUGAGCCAGACUGCAUAUACUACAUAACGCGGGGCUCUAUAGUGGUGAAGGAUUCCUCUGCGGGGCCAGAGGAACAGGUGGCUAUACAGUACAGGAGGCAGGAGAUUGUAGGAAGAAAGCUCAAAGCGGGGGCUGUCUUCAGCAAUACGAAGCCAUUUAUGGCCCACAACGCUGGUAUGCAGGUGUGCACUCUAAUUGUUCUGUCCUCCGAAGGCAGGCCUUAA